AUGGCUGGUACAGACACUCCGGUGGAAGAGGCAAAGCAGUCUCUUCUGCAACGAGCCAGAGCAUGGGGAGAAAAUUCAUUCCCGCCCACUCUCCUCGCCUCACUCAUUACCGCGCAGCACAUGCGUCCGUUUCAGCUGGUGCCGAUGCUCUUCCCCCCGGUCCUCCUAUUCACGAGUUAUGCGAACCUCCAGGGCUUCAAGACCGACAGCGCGGGUAUCAGCGCCGCCUGGUCCGGUCUCUAUCUUCUGCUUGCCGGUCGCCGACGUCAGCAGUUCAUGAAGAAAUGGGGUGCGCGGGGCAUCGUCCGCGGUGCGACUAUGGGUCUUUGCCUGGCCAAUAUGGUCGGCGGUGGACUGGCCUAUACUCUCGGAAAGCGAGAAGAUCAAGAGGAGUGA